CAUCUAUAAAACCCGAGUGACGCUUGAACGCAGCAUCAGUGUGCACAGGAGAAGCUCUCUGUCCGGACCAGACUCUGAGACCUGAAGAUGAGACGAGCCGCCGUUCUGCUGGCUGUGCUCUGUGUGUGUGUGUGUGAUGGAGUGAAGUUCGGUCAGCUCUGCAGUGGAAACUCAGCCAACAGCAGGAGGACGUCGGACAGCUGGGGAGAGGGACGCUACGGAGCCGGACGGGGCGGCAGGACCCACCAGGGUCUGGACAUCGUGUGCAGCGACGGGUCGACCGUCUACGCUCCGUUUGAUGUGACUCUCCACGGAAAGGUCACCGUGUACACCGACCCCGCCAAGGCCGCCAUCAACAGCGGCAUCAACCUGAGAGGAGAGGGUCUGUGUUUCAAGCUGUUCUACGUUCGGCCGGAUAAAACCUCCGGAUCAGUGAGGAAAGGCGAGAAGAUCGGCACCAUGCUGCCCAUGCAGAGCGUUUACAGAGGAAUCACCUCCCACGUCCACGUCCAGAUGUGCGACAGGAGUGACCCCACGCCGUACUUCUGAUCCACUACGGAGGACCUCUGUGACACCUGAGCUCUUUAAAUGUAGAAACUAAUAAAAUGUAAAGAGCA